AUGUCAUCAUCAUUUAUGAAAUUAAAAGGACUAAUUCGUCCUGAUAAAAAAAACAUAAUAAAUACACAUAAUAAAGACGUUCAUGAUGAGACAAUAAAUCGAAAGAAUGUUGGAUCUAAACCACAUAAAAAUAUUUUUAUUGGUGAUGAUAAUGAUCAUAUUAUUAAUUCUGAUGAUAGUAAAGCAAUCCAUUUUACUUCAGCUAAUUCAAAACAAAAAGCCGAAUCUCCAGUAGAGAAAUUGAUUAAAAUUAUGGAGGAAGCUGAAAAAUAUGAUACAGAUAGCCAAUUUAGAUCAUCAAUUCCAAGCAGUGAUGAUUUUAAAUUGAAACAACAAAACGAAACAAUAAAUCCAUUAACAAAUAAAUUUAAUAAGCUAGAUAUAAAUUGUGAGGAUAAUAAGCAUAUUCAAAAUGAUGUUCAUACUAGUCAAAUGCUAGACUCUUCUAUAGAGAAUGCUGAGUCAUUGAAAAAAGAAGCUUUAGUGUAUGAAUUGAAUGGUGAUGCAUUAUCUAGGAUUACUUCAGAGAUUCUUUUAUUAAAUGAUUAUAAUUAUAAUUUAGAAAAAUUUCCAUCCGUGCUGAGUACACAUAAAACUAAUUCUCCAUGUAGUAGUAAUAAAUAUAAUAGAGAUAGUAGUAAUGGUGAUACCGAUGAUAAUUCAUCUAAUAUUUCAAUCUCGAAUUCAAAAAUAUCUACAGAUCCAGCUAUAGCAUUUAAUCGUAAUAGGACUAUCCCUGAUUCCCCACUUAAAAAAGAAAAUAUAUUAUCAACACAUUCUUUAAAAUUUAGUAAAACAACGACAACUUUCAUGAAAGAGAAGGAUAACGUUACUUCUAAUAAUAAUAAUAAAAUAUAUACAAUUGAUAAUUUAUUAAAGAAAAGAGGUAUAAAUAGACAACGUAGUAAAACCUUAGAUACCUCAGAUUUGAAAAAUGCAACUAGUAAAAUGUUCCCAUCAGUGCCAAAAUUUAGUUCAAAUAAACCUCCACCAGUGUCAGGGAAAACACGGUCUAAGAAUAUAGCAAGGAGAUUGAGCCUUUCUUCUCACGAUAAAAAUAAGAAUAAAAAUAAGCAUUCCCAAGGUGGUAGCAAUAGUAAUACAAAUACAAUAGCUAGUCAUAUUGUACGUAAGAUAAGGUCUAAUUCGAAUUCUUCAAAUUCAAAUAAAAGUUCAUAUAUUUCACCUAGAACAUCAAGUGGUUCUUUUACAACAAGUGAUAUUCAACAACAGUAUGAUAAUAGUAAUAAUAGCACAAAUAGUAAUAAUAUGGUGACAAAUUCAGCGUAUUCAUUAAAACGAAGAAGUAGUUCUAUUGUUAAUGCCUUAAGUAGUUUUGUAAAUUUACGUUCAUCAAGUUCGUUGUCUGACAAAGGACCACAAUUGUCUUCAAAUUUUCAACAAUAUGCCCUUACAUUAGAUGAUUUACCAGCUGUUCCUGAGCCAAAUAAAGAUGACGAGUCAUUUGAGAAAUAUCUAUUUAGAAUAUCAAAUUAUGGUAAAUUUAUUGGAAUUAUAUUGACAUUAAAGAACGAUACAUAUAAAUUGAAUUGUCUAAACUACUUUCUUUCUAAUUACUUUGAUUUUAUGGACGAUCCGAUAGACAUUUCACUAAGAAAAUUAUUGAUAUUUUUAGAGUUACCAAAAGAAGCACAACAAAUUGAUCGAUUGUUAACUGAAUUUGGAAAAAUAUAUUAUAAACAACAGAGGACAAAAUAUAUGGAGAAGUGUAUUUGGGAAAAUGAACACCAAGUAUAUUUUAUCAUUUUUUCAUUAUUAAUGUUACAUACAGAUUAUUUUAAUCCAAAUAAUAAGAUUAAGAUGACGAAGACUGAAUUUAUUGAUUUGGUACAUAAUGAUACUUAUUCCGAUGGAAAUAAAUUACCAAUAGAAAUUUUAGCAUAUUACUAUGAUAACACAAUAAGUAAGGAGUCACCGAAAUUUGAUUGUUUUCUGAGUAGAGAUACAAAUGCAAUAAUAUCGUUUGAUUCGAUAGAAAACACUAAAAUGUAUUCACCAAAGGAUUUAAUUAAAGAUGGUUGUUUACUUAAUAUGUCAAAACAAUUGAAAAUGAAUAAAAGGGAAGAGGAUGACGCACGUGGAUAUAUUUUACCACCUACAAUACCGUUACCAUCUGCACUAAUUGAAUCUAAUACAAUAAAUACGUCUACUUCAUUUUUUAGUAAUAGACCUACAUCCAAUUCAAUAUCAUCAUAUUUUUCUUACGGUAAUAACGGAGGGUCUGCAAAUAAUUCUGGAACUAAUUAUAACAGUAACAGUACAGGUGGGUACCUUCAAGAUGAUAUUAAUAUUUAUAAGAAAAUUUUAAUGGAUGAUUUAAGAGGUGUUUCUCUAGAUAAAUUUGUUAAUAAAAUUUAUUCAAGAAACAAUUUUGCAUUAGAUAGUGAGUAUUUCCAGAUUUUAAAUAAUACUAAUGCCGGUAAUAUUGUAAAUUCAUCAUACAGUAAUAGUAUCUACAAUACUCUAAUGGAGAGGAAUUAUGGAAACUUAUAUGAUAAAUAUUUAAAACUUUUAAGAGUGUCUCGUGGUGGGUAUUUAAGGAUUAGGAAAACACAAUUAUAUAAAUUAAGACUACCAGCAUAUGAAAAAUAUCACCAAGGCGAUGUAAAAAAAGGAAGUGACAAAGAAAAUAGUGAUAACAAUGAGGUUGAAAAUGAUAAAGAUAAAGAUGAUCAAUGUUAUUACUUAAAAAUUAUUCAAAUGGGUGACAUAAAAGAAUAUAUAGAACCCGGUUCAAAACAGUCAGGAUCCCUUAGAGGUAGAAGUAAUUCUGAAGGAAACAAGUUAUUUUCUUUAGGAAGUAAUAGUCAUAAUAACGAUAAAUUCAAUAAAUGGAAGAAUAAAUUUGUAAUUAUUACGACUUGUGGGUUAAUAAUUUGCGAUAAAAAUAAAUCAUUUAAUAUACAAGAACCAGAUAUUGUUAAGAAUCAGCUUAACGGGGAAUGUAAUUAUAUUAUUGAUUUUAAAUAUAAUAAAUGUGAAUUAUUAAGUGUUUACAAUUUAUUUGCAGAAAGUGUGAAAAAUAAUUUCGAUUAUGAGGAAGAGAAUGAAACUUUAGCUAAUAAUACUGGAAAUACCAAUCAAAAUAAUAGAGGUCACGGGUAUUCAAUGGAUGAUGAAUUAUUUAUUAAAGAUUACAAAGACAAUGUGAUAAAGAAUUUACACGGAAGAAAUAUUAAUGAAAAAAAUGAUGAUGAUAAUGAUGAUAUUUGUAAAUGUGAUAUCAUGAAUAUGAGGGCUAAUCAAAAUGGAGAGGAAGAUAACAAUAAUCAAGAAGAGGGAAUUUACAAUGAUCAGGAUGAUGAUUGUAACGAUGAUGAUGAUGAUUACAAUUAUUUAAAGGAAUUUGAUGAAAAUACAUUCUAUAUCUGGAGUCAAUAUGGUAAACUUAUUUGGAGAUGUGAGAAUAAAUAUGAAAGAGACAAUUGGGUUGAUUCACUAAAUUUGAUGGCAUGUAUCGAUGGAUGUCAGUAUAAGAUAUCUUGUAUAGAUAAUACAUUACUAAGUCAAAGAAAGCAGAAGUUUGAGGAUAGAUAUAAGGAGAUCCAAGAGAAUAGAUUGGAAACUGUAAAAUUAUUUAAGGAAGAAGAAAAGUUAUUGAAUCUUUACAGACAAUGUGUUCCAAUAUGUUUAAAGACAAGAAAGGAGUUGAUACAAAAUAUUAAACAGCUGGCUGUUAAAAUGGAAUGGUAUGAUUUUGAAAUUAAAAGAGAUACUAUUUAUAUGAUGAUAUUGAAAUGUUUAAUACCAGAUAAAUCUUUCAAAGAGGAAAGUUGUGUUAAUGGAAACAAUGAUGAUAUUAACGAUGGAUCAAAUAGAAAAGAUAAUCAAGAAGAAAAGAUUAUUAACUGUUAUGAAGAUGCAAGUGAUAUUAGUGAUUCGUUGUCAUUUAUAACAUUUAAUUAA